UACACAUUGGGUCUGGCGUCCUCCGACGACCUAACGGCAUUUAGUGACUCGACUUUCGGGACUGGAGCGCAACUCCCUCCCGCAGCAUGGCUGACAAAAGGCAGUCGGACGACGCCCUAGCCGAGCGGAUGCCGGACUCCUUCAGGGAUAGCCCCAAGUCAGGCCUUGGACUUUGUGGAUGGAUUUUGGUGGCUGUCUCAUUCUUGUUCACAGUUGUAACUUUUCCAAUAUCAAUAUGGAUGUGCAUAAAGAUCAUAAAAGAGUAUGAGCGAGCCAUCAUCUUUAGAUUGGGCCGCAUUUUGCAAGGAGGCGCCAAAGGACCUGGUUUGUUUUUCAUUUUGCCAUGCACUGACAGCUUCAUCAAGGUGGACAUGAGGACCAUCUCAUUCGAUAUUCCUCCUCAAGAGGUUCUCACUAAGGAUUCAGUAACCAUCAGUGUGGAUGGUGUGGUCUAUUACCGUGUUCAUAAUGCAACCCUGGCUGUAGCAAACAUCACCAAUGCAGACUCAGCGACCCGUCUUUUGGCACAAACUACUCUCAGGAAUGCCCUGGGCACCAAGAACCUUUCUCAGAUCCUCUCUGACAGAGAAGAAAUUGCACACCACAUGCAGUCUACUCUGGAUGAUGCUACCGAUGACUGGGGAAUAAAGGUGGAGCGUGUGGAAAUUAAGGACGUGAAGCUCCCUGUGCAGCUGCAGAGAGCUAUGGCUGCAGAGGCAGAGGCCUCCCGAGAGGCCAGAGCCAAGGUUAUUGCAGCUGAGGGAGAAAUGAAUGCAUCCAGAGCCUUGAAAGAAGCCUCCAUGGUUAUCACCGAGUCUCCUGCUGCCCUUCAGCUCCGCUACCUCCAAACACUGACCACCAUUGCGGCUGAGAAAAAUUCGACAAUUGUCUUUCCUCUGCCCAUAGAUAUGUUGCAAAGCAUCAUGAAGUCAAAACAAUAAGCCAUAUAAGUCAGUGUAGAGUUGUGCUAUACCCUUCCAAGGAUAAAGUGGGACCAAAUUAGCCAUUAACUCACAGAGAGUAGCAGGAACCUUGAAUAUCCUCCCUUCCUUUCCUUUUCUGCAUGUUGAAUGUGGGGCUCUUAAAAUGAAAAGGAGUCACAAAAACAGAUGAAAGACUUUCUUUGGGGCUUGGAGUGUAGCUCAGUAGUAGAGCAUUUGCCUACUAACACCAAAAAAAAAAAAAGUUAGCUUGUAAAUACGGAGAGAUUGAUCAUUUAUAGAUAAUAAUCUCUUAUUCUCUAAAAUAUUUAACAGUUUGUACUUUUAGAUUAUUCUGUAGUAGGUUAAGGCUUACUUCUUUUGACUUCCUUUCUGAGUCCUCUAUGAGCAGUCAAAUCAGGGGAAGGAACGUAGCCCAGAACUGCCACCUGACCCUGGGCUGGAUGAACGCUCUGCAGACAGUGAUGCCCUGUGCUACCACCCAGCUUCACCUGGCCAUCCGUGCCUUCCUUUAGGGAGUCUUAAGUAAGGACUUUCCCGAAAGUCCGUUCACUCUCUAGACCCAAACUGUUUUAGAAUGAGUCCCACCUCCUGCCAGACCCUGUCAGAGCUAGAGAAAAUGGUCAAAGUUGUGAAAAAGAGACUUCAUUAUUGUGGUGAUCCUUUUGAAAAUAAUAGGUGCAUUUUUAGUUUUGAGCCUCCCUCUGGUCUACCUCUUGGCCAGCUGAAUUCUCGUCACAGAAGUGCUUUUCUCACUCUUGCCUAUUUUUGUAUAUCAGGUUUUAAAUUUUUUAUUUUUUAAAAAAUAAUUUUCUAAAUUCUAUAAAUGUUAUAUGCCUAUUUGAAUAGCUUAAGGACUAAAAUACUUAAAAAAAAUACCACUACAUUUUGCUCUCUGCAUGCUGUUGAUUAUUAUAUACUGUGAAGCAUUUUGAUGGCUCAUCCUACUUAUUAACUGGUAACAAGGGACUCCGAAUACCUUGAACAUACAAUACCUGAUAACCAGCAUAGACAAUGUCAGACUUUGGUUAGCUGCUCAGAUGCAGAACUUUUAUAUUUGCCUUAUUCCUUUUCUGUUACAAAAUGUCAAUCCAAAGGAGGAAGUGGUCAGCUCUUUGUCUCUUAGUCUGACAUCCUUCCCGCUGGUCUAGAAAGCUGGUUAGUGACCUUUACAACACUUCCUUGAGACUCUCAGUUCACCUGGAGAAGUCUUAACAGCUUCUUAUCAGAGCACCACUGUUCACAUCUGCCCUUAGUGGACUCACUUCAGGCUCACCCACUUCAGGAGGUCUCCCUCUGUACCCUGUUUCCAAGCUUACCUUCCAAGCUUUGAAGCACCAUCCAUCCAGGUUCUUUUGCUGGACGUAUGUAGAAUAUUUCCACUAAGGAUUGAAGUUGCAUUGAUAUUUUGCAUUUUAAAAUGGUGAUUUUAUCUGUUUGGAAAGCGGCUCACCCUAUACCACUGAGGACCAGGAAAGCCCAUGUCUUGGUGAAAAUCUCUUUCCAGAGGUAGAGUAACAAUGCUCCUGGUUCCGAGUGUUUCCCUCUCCAGGCACCAAAUGGCCUUCAUGUCUGUCUUGUGAAUUACUACCAAGAGGCUCAAGUUCAGUCAGUGUGGAGGGGUGGAGACAAGGGAGCCGGAGAAUGAGGGUGUUGGUGUGGGGGUUUCUGCGAGUCCUUCCCUUCUAGCCAUGUAUAAUAAAUUGUGUGCACUGUAGCUGA